GGGAAAGAGUGGUGAUGAUUCUGGUUUUCUAUGUCCACCUAUAUCUGGUGGACCCCAGGGCGUGAACAGGCCAGCCUAACAGGACAGCGUCUGGCACUUCUUGCAAGUGAAGGGAGUAACUUUAGCUGCAUUAUUUAUCCGUCAUUGACCAGAUCCACAGAAACUGCUGAUAUCAUCAGUCAGAAUUUACCAGAUAUUAAAAUGUGCAGCUCCAGUCUGCUUCACGAAGGACCUCCAAUCCGACCAGUUCCUGCGGAAUCCAAGUGGAUACCAGAUCUUUCUUAUUUUAAAGAUGGCCCACGCAUUGAGGCUGCAUUCAGGAAGUACAUCCUCCGUGCAGAUCCAGAACAAACAAAAGACAGUUAUGAAAUAAUAGUCUGCCAUGAUAAUGUGAUCCGCUACUUUGUAUGCAGGGCACUACAACUCCCACUGGAAGCUUGGCUCCGACUGCCUCUCUAUCAUGGUAGUAUUACAAAGCUGUUGAUAAAACCUGAUGAUGUGUCACUGAAGAUGCUUGGUGAGGCUGGCUUUAUGCCCCCGGGGAAACUCACGGGAGCUUAGCUCUGAGCUGGAUGUCCUCCUAGAGACACACAAGUUACCAUGACUCCCUUACCUUUCUGUUUAAUAUACACUCUCCAGUUGAAGCAGUCUUUCAAUGCAUAUAUUGCACACCGCAUUGGUGGACCAAAUGAUAGUAUAAUUUUUUCUCAUCCCUGCACUAAGAUGAAGGUUCUAGUUUCUGAAUAUGCAGCACCAUGUUCUGAGUUACAAUGCCUUGUGUUCACCAAAUGGCUUUACAACUCAAGCUUGGCACCUCCUAUUGCUCACCUGUACGACAUUGCAGACCCUGUAGCUAUAGCUUGUCUGCCUAGUCCAAAUGGCUUCUUGCAAAACAAAGUAC